AUGGGUGUAAAGAGUUCUAAAACCUCGGCAUCAACAAGGGCAGCUCCAAUCGUUAACAGUAACAAAGCUGAUAAUAAUAAACUAAAAAAAUACAUUAAUAUACGUAACUCUGUACUUUUUUCCUUUGACGGUAAUAACUAUUACAACAAUGUUUCUGCCAACAUACAAGAAACAUGGAGAUUUACCGGCGGGGGUAAAAGAAUUCAUAACAUUAAAAAUUUAAAAAUAUUACCAAAUCAGCAACAACACUAUCAAAACCUAUAUCAAGAACAACUUCAUCAAAGAAAAUUAAUUAGAGAAGAAAUUGAAAGACUGCAACGUCAAAAUAACUUGUAUAAAAGAAUUUGGCAAAAUGCUUUCUCUUCCCCCGUAGAAGAAUUAUUAAAAAGUGAUGAAGGAAUCAGAGUUCUCGAAGUUGGUUGCGGACCCGGAUCUUGGAUUACUGAAAUGUCUGAAACUUAUUCUACUUCAUCAUUUACUGGAGUAGAUUUUUCGCCAAUGAUAUUCCCCGAAGAAAAGAAACCCGACAAUGUUAAAUUCAUACAAGCAAAUAUCUUAGAUGGUUUACCAUUUUUAGAUGACACUUUUGAUUUUGUCAAUAUGAGGUUAAUGGUUACAGCUUUCACCGCUACUGAAUGGGAAGAAAAGGUUAUACCCGAAUUGGUGAGGGUGACAAAACAAGGUGGUUAUAUUGAACUGAUGGAAAGUGAUAUUCAAUAUUCAAAUGAAGGUCCAAUAGCUCAAAGAUUAACAGAUGCAUUAUUGCCGUUUAUGAAAUCUAAAGGAGUAAUUGCUCCAAUAAAUACUUAUGUUCUACAAUCACUCUUAUCAAACACUCAAUUAGCCAAAGAUAUUAAAACUGAAGAAAAGUCUUGUUUCCUUGGUAAAUGGGCUGGUGAACUUGGUGAACUGGUAAGCUGGAAUGCUGUUAAAUUGCCAAUGUCUACUUUGAUGAGGAUUAAAUCUCAUGAUUAUGAUGACAUUGUAAAUAAUUUCGGAAAAGAAGUUGAACAAUACAAAACUUAUUUUAAAACUUGGAGAUUUUCUAUUCAAAAAGUCCCAGCUGCUCGUUCCUCUUCCAUAACCACUCCUUCCCCAUGGCAAAAUUAA